AUGGACGAGACUGGAGUGAUGCUAUCCAUGCCAGGCUCUGUCAAAGUCCUUGUAAGUAAGCACGACAUACGAGAUUAUAAAGACGCGCGAGUCAAGCGCACCACUGUGACUGCGAUCGAAUGCAUUAGUGAUGAUGAUAGGUAUUUAAACCCCAUGAUUAUUUGGCCAGCGAAUUCCCAUCGAAGCAACUGGACCAUGUUCCCUACCCCUAAAUGGCAAUAUGCGUGCUCUGACUCUGGAUACACCGACUCUAAGAUCAGUCUAGAGUGGCUCAAGUGUGUAUUUGAUCCCGAAACCAUAGAACGAGCUAACAAGAAACCACGUGUCUUAAUCUGCGACGGCUUUGGAACGCACGAGACCCUCGAAAUCUUAGAGUUCUGUUUCGAGAAUAAUAUUCUUUUAUGUCGUCUCCCCUCCCAUAUCUCCUACAAGCUCCAACUUUGUGAUGUAGCAGUGUUUGCUCCACUCAAGGCAGCUUAUCGAGAGACUGCCGCACGAUAUUUUAAUAAAGUUGAUAAAAUUGAUCCUUGGUUGAGGUAA